AUGGAUGCUUGGUGAAUUUCUCUGUGGGUGAAGCUCAACCUCUGGGACCCCUUCUCUCUCUCUCCUCCUCUACACCAAGAGCAAUCCAACUCUGGCCACUGCGGUAGUCAUGGCGCCAACUAAUCGCAAGGACAAAAAGCCCAAGUCGGCCAAACCUGGCUUUGACGAGGCCGCACUCAAUAAGUCAAUCGCCAAGCUCGACAAGACAUUGGCAACGCCCAAUGGCACUGGUCAGAAUGAUCAGAACGGGAAGAGGAAGAGGAAAGACACCCCUGCGGAAGCCCCAAAGUCCAAGAAGCGCCAAACAGUCGCCGCCGAGUCUGACUCGAAAAAGGAGAAGGGCAAGGCGAAGAGGGCCGGGAAACCAUCGUCAGACAGCCUGCUGGAGGAGAUAAAGGCACUUGGUGGGAACGAGGACGACCUGGCACUCAUUGCGAAUAUCGACUCGGAUGCCGAGGGGGGAGAGGAUGAGCUACAAGAAUUCGGAGUCGAAGGAGGCUUUGACGAUACGCUCAAGAAUGAGUUGGCCAAGUUCGCAUCCAGCCUAGGAUUCCAGAACGUGCGCAAGGACGACGAUGUUGAGACCGAAGAGUCCGAAGAAGAGGCAUCCGAGCCUGAGGACGAGAUAAAACCAUUGCCACUGCCGCCACCUACCCAAGACGAGUCUCGCAAAGGCAAGAACGCGGGGAGAUUGACAUUUGAUCCCCGACCAGACUGGCAUGCCUUUAGCACCGAGCACCUGUCUGCUCCUAUUUCCGAUGACACCAAGCAGUACUCUGCCGCAAUCGCGGGCCUGAAGGCGUACGCGCAGACACUCCUUGAAGAAGAUGCAGCCAUAUACGGUUCAAAGCAGUCUUCUUCCUCCACGCAGAAGUUCAUGUCGACUAUCAUGUCGUCUGGUACACUGUCGGAUAAGGUGUCUGCGUUGACUCUGGGCAUACAAGAGUCCCCGGUCCACACUAUCAAGGCCUCGGAGAACCUGAUCAAUUUGGCGGGGAAGAAGAGUCGUGGCCAGGCAAUCGCCGCUUUAGGAGCCCUGGUGGAUCUUAUGGGCAACGGCGUCGUCCUUCCCUCUGACAGGCGUCUGCGCCCUUUUCAGUCUCAGCCCGGCCUGAUUGGCUCCCUGCAGCAAACCUCGACGCGCACCUGGGCAGUCGGACAGAGACUCCCAGGCAACGUGAGCAAGGCUCACCUGAUCAUGUGGGCGUACGAGAACUGGCUCAAGGACGCCUACUUCCGAAUCAUUCAGCUCCUCGAGGUCUGGUGUGGAGACGAAGUCGUCUACUCAAGGUCGAGGGCUCUAGACUUCGCCUUUGGGCUCCUCAAGGACAAGCCGGAGCAGGAAGCCAACCUGCUGAGACUCCUCGUCAACAAGCUUGGAGACCGAGAGCGAAAGAUUGCGUCUCGAGCUUCACACUUGUUGCUGCAGUUGCUGAACGUGCACCCGGGAAUGAAGGCCAUUGUUGUUAAGACGGUGGAAGAAGAAGUCCUCCUUCGACCUGGUCAGAGUGUACGGUCAAAGUACUUUGCCAUCAACACCCUGAAUCAGACGAUUCUCAGUUCCAAGGAGCCGGAAAUCGCUGAUAACCUUGUACGGAUCUACUUUGAGAUGUUCCUCUCGCUCCUAAAGACGGGUGCACUGGGUGGUAUUGAGUCCUUUGAACUCGAGAAGAAGUCUAAAGUUGGAUCGCGGCCGAAGUCAAGGAAGCAAAAGCCCGAGCCUGGUGUGCUUGGGAAUGAACAAGAGACAACCCAGAAGCUCGUGUCGGCGGUGUUGACGGGGGUAAACCGAGCUAUCCCUUUUACCAUGACCGACGACUCGACGUUGGAGAAGCACCUCGAUACGCUGUUCAGGAUAACCCACUCUUCGAAUUUCAAUACGAGUAUACAGGCCUUGAUGCUCGUCCAACAGCUUGCCGCAUCAAAGCAGCUGGCAGUUGAGAGAUUCUACCGGACUCUUUACGAGUCUCUCCUGGACCCCCGUCUUAUCACGUCUUCGAAGCAGGCACUGUAUCUCAAUCUUCUUUACCGAGCAUUAAAGAACGACCUGGAUGUCCGCAGGGUCAAGGCGUUCGUCAAACGAAUGCUGCAGGUGAUCAACCUUCAUCAACCUUCCUUCGCGUGUGGCAUCCUAUUCCUUAUUAUGGAGCUAGACGCAACGUUCCCCGACCUGAAGACGUUGCUGAACGAGCCGGAGGAAUACGACAGUGACGAGGAGGAGGUCUACAAGGACGUCGUCGACGGCGACGCCGAAAAGCCAGAGCCGGCUGCUGACGAGGCUCUUGCCGCGCAAAAGAGGAGUCAGCGAAUGUAUGAUGGCCGGAAGAGGGAUCCAGAGUACAGCAACGCGGACAAGAGUUGUCUCUGGGAAAUUGUUCCUUUCCUCACUCACUUCCAUCCCUCGGUCGGCGUAUUUGCGGCGAGCCUCUUAGCGCGCCAAACGGGUCUCCCCAAACCAGAUCUAGCGAAUCAUACCCUGAUGCACUUCCUGGACAAAUUCGUGUACCGGAGCCCGAAGGCGACCGAGACACAGCGCGGAGGCUCCAUCAUGCAGCCGGUGCUCGCGUCGGGCAGCGCGUCGAUCAUCGCGGUGCCCGGCAAGACGGGGGCCAGGCAGCAGGCGGCCGUCAACUCGGCGUCGUUCUGGAACCUCAGGCCCGAGCAGGUGGCGGCCGAGGACGUCUUCUUCCACAAGUACUUUGCGCAGGUCGGCAAGCCCGGCCAGGCCGCCAAGCCGAAGAAGGCCGAGGAGGGAGACGAGGAGGAGGACGAGGAGGCGGCCGAGGAGGAGAUCUGGGGCGCCCUAGUCAACUCGCGGCCCGAGGUCGAGGGAGAGGAGGGUGACUCGGACAUCGACAUGGAUGGCUUUGACAAUGAUGACGACGACGACGUCAGCUUGGAUAUGGGAAGUGAUGACGAUGUCUCUGGUGGGGAGAUGGGCUUCGAUGAUGUCCCGAGUGGCGAUGAUGAUGCCUUCGAGGGCAUAUUCGGAGAGUCUGAUGAGGAGGCAGAGCCCGAGGACGAGGACGAGGACGAUGCUGCCGAUGAUGAUACUCCUGCCAAUCGCAGGGCUAAGAGCAGGCAACACAAGAAGGAGAUGAAGAGCCUGCCGACCUUUGCCUCCGCAGAGGAUUAUGCGGAGAUGUUGGCAGGGGACGAUGAUUUGGACGAUUAGGAGGGGAUACGAUGAUGCGGGUGUGCUCUCGGUCCGCUUCUGGCUCUUUUAGAAGGCUCUAGGUAGGAGCGAUAAUGAAAUUCAUUUUUCAGUCCAGCUAUGCUAUCUAAGUACAGCAACAAGCCAGGUACUGAGCCAUCGCGCACCACCAUCCAGGGUAUCUCGAUCCUCGAUUUGCCAUUUAUCCGCCACCCUGGGGGGUGUCACUCAAGUGUCGAACCAUUCAAG